AGGUUGUAUCUCCUCAUUUCUGCAUCAAUUUGGAGGACUCUCACUGUCUCCCACAUUGUAUGAGUAUUCCAUGUACCUAAAUAAAUGGUUGCUCUGAUUGUCAAAAGGGACAUCGUCCUCAUGAAUUCCUAAGGAACUCAGCUUUCAUCACGAGGUGUCAUAGUUCCUCUAAAGGAGGAUUUUCUGACUCCCAGAGAGAGAGCACGAAAAUUAAUGUGGUAAAAAAUCUAAUGAACAGAAGUACUAAGAUUGUUACAGACAAGGAAGACCAACGAACUGAAUUAAAUAAAGUAUUUUUUACUCUUAGGGAUAACAACUACCCAAAAAGGUUUUUAAAGAAGAUUAUUAAAAAUGAAAGGAAAACUAAACUGGAAAGUAUGCGAAAAGAAUGGAAUUACACAGUGGUCAUACCUUACCGUAGUGAAAUAUCAGAAGAAAUCAAACGGAUUCUAAACCAAUAUGAUAUAAGAGUGUAUUUUAGAGCGAAUAACACAUUAAGAUCGACAAUAGUUAAAGUUAACGACAAGUUAGCAAAGGAUGAACAACAGAACAUUGUGUAUGAGAUUCACUGUCAUGACUGUAAUGCUACCUAUGUUGAAGAAACAUCCAGGCAAUUGAAUGUAAGAUUGAAGGAGCACAAACAAUGCUUGAAAAAUGUUCCAAAAUCCUCGGUUGAUUUAAAGAAACUUGAAAAUAUGUCAGCGAUAGCGUUACAUGCGUUAGAAACAGGACACAUGAUUAAUUUUGAAGGGACCAAAAUACUUCAGAAAGGUUUUAACACCCAUAGAAAAAGAUUGACAGCAGAAACGCUGCAUAUAUGGGCGAACAAGAACAGCCUGAACCGAAAAGAUGGUAUUCAACUGGCAACUAUCUGGCAAAUUUUCGUUUGACAAGUAAAUUUGGAACCUAUCUCUUGUUUAAACCUGUUUUUUUAUAUUACAUGCAUCGUUAUUAUUAUUGAAAGAACUGAAUGAGUUUUUUAAACAAUACAAUUUAUGUUUUGACAUGUACAUCGAUGUUUCAUUAUCAAUUUUUCAUCCUUGAACUUGAACUUUAUUUAUUCCUUCAUAUCAAUCUCUCACACAUACAUACAUACCUACACACUCACACACACACAUACAACUUGGUUACUCAGUUAAGUAUUUCUAUGUAGUUGAAUUCUUCACAUGAUUUGUAGUUAACUGACUCAUUUUAUCCUCCCGACCGAAGCUGCUACCUUGACGCGGUGGUCGGGCUUGCCUACCGUGAUGACCCAACCGAGCUAUUUUGGCUGGAACAUAUGUUCCUGUA